GCUCUCGGGGGGGGGGGGGGUAAUGCCGGCACGAUCCUGUCACACAUUCCCCCCCACCCCCCCUCUCCAAUGUUUCCUUCCUCCUCCAGCAUCCCGGUCUCCCGUCUCUGGAACACUGCCCCCGAUGUCCUGGGGAGAUGUGACUGUGUUCAGGGGAGGGGGCUCUGUCACUCAUAUUAAAUUGGGACAGUUUCCAUGCUCCCGUGGGGCUGCGCUCUCAUUCUGAGAAGUGACUGAUGUUGGUUUAACCUGGGGGUUCCCCUGGGUGAGGGUUGAGGUCCCCCCUGGGUGAGGGUUGAGGCCCCCCCUUGGUGAGGGUUGAGGUCCCCCCCCCCAGUGAGGGUUGAGGUCCCCCGGGUGAGGGUUGAGGCCCCCCCGGUGAGGGUUGAGGCCCCCCCUUGGUGAGGGUUGAGGCCCCCCUGGUGAGGGUUGAGGCCCCCCCUUGGUGAGGGUUGAGGCCCCCCCUUGGUGAGGGUUGAGGCCCCCCCCGGUGAGGGUUGAAGUCCCCCUGGUGAGGGUUGAGGCCCCCCCUUGGUGAGGGUUGAGGUCCCCCCCCUCCCCCCCGGUGAAGGUUGAGGUCCCCCCGGUGAGGGUUGAGGCCCCCCCGGUGAGGGUUGAAGUCCCCCCGGUGAGGGUUGAAGUCCCCCCGGUGAGGGUUGACGUCCCCCCGGUGAGGGUUGACGUCCCCCUGGUGAGGGUUGAGGUUCAGAUUCAUGGUAACCUCAGCUGGUGUGGGAAGUGGACAUGAGAGAUGUUGGAUCAGCCACAAUCCUAUUGAAUGGCAGGGCAAGCUCAAGGGGCUGAAUGGCCUCAUCCUGCUUGUAUUUCCUGUGGCAUUAUGUUGGCAUAACGUUGUAUAUAAAUCAGCUAUCCAGAAAACCAGCCCCUAUGUUACUGAAACCCUGGUUUUCAAGAUGUCCACUUUUCAAACAUUCCAGUCUCUUCACAGCAUCUUUCCCCCUCCCCACAGGUAGGUUUCCUGGAGACUUGUCAAAAUGGAGGCCCCUCCUGUUACGGUGUUACCUGUCAUUGGUGGAACCAUUAAUAUGAUGGAAUAUAUUCUUCAAGGGAGUGUGUUGGACCAGAGCCUGGAAAGCCUCCUUCAUCGACUGCGUGGGCUUUGUGACAAUAUGGAGCCAGAAACCUUUGUAGACCACGAGCUGGUUUUUCUGCUUAAAGCUCAACAAGGAAGUCCGUUUAUUUUAAGGGCCCGGCGUUCUGUGGACAAGCCUGGCAUGCCCUGGCACCUCCGAUACCUUGGGCAGCCAGAAAUUGGAGAUAAAAACCGUUCGGCGCUGGUGCGAAAUUGUGUGGACAUUGCAACUUCUGAUGGCCUAACGGAGUUUCUGAUAGAGAUGGGCUUCCGAAUGGACCAUGAAUUUGUGGUGAAGGGGCAUGUUUUCCGCAAAGGAAUUAUGAAGAUUGUAGUGUCCAAAAUCUUUCGGAUUCUGCUUCCCGGUAACAUUGAUAAUGUCGAGCCACUGUCAUUGUCAUACCUCGUUGAGCUGAAUGUGGUGGCACCUCCUGGUCAGGAUGCAGUGUCAGAUGACAUGAAAAGUUUUUCAGAACAGCUGAAACCUUUAGUUCAUCUGGAGAAAAUUGACCCUAAGAGAUUACAUCAGGUGUAGGAAACAAUGUGUAAUGUUAGUGUGCAUGGUUUGUGUUAGUGGGGAGAAAUGGUAUUCCCGUUGACGCUCUGGUCUGGCUGAGUUCUGAAUGUGUCUACUUCUAAAACUAAAAUGUUUUUCAUGCUUUUAAAAUAUUUUGAAUAAAGUUACUAUUUGUCUUAAACUUGA